UUACCGGUAGAAAUUACUACGACAACCCUUCUGAAACCAUAAAGCUGUGAAAAUGAACUUCAAUCAAGCUAAGAAAACUUUCGAGCAUAUUUUAAAUAAUAUGUCAAAGGAAUCCAGAACAGACUUUCUCAUGUGGUUGACAGAUUAUCUUCAGAACAGUGAAAAAAUUAAUGACUUGUCUAUACAGUCUACAAAUGAAGAUAUGAUACUAGAAAGUAUUAGAGAUGAAAUACAAGAAAUAUUACCUGUUACAGCUACAACUAAUACAGAAACUAUAUUAGUACCUAAAGUAGGGCCAAAUGCGGAUUGUGAUCCAGAUAUUACAGUUCAUGUUGAUGCCUUUCUCUAUGAUGAAAAAGGCAUUGAUCAUUUAGUGGAUCAAGGCAAACUAAAUCGAAAUUUUUGUACAAGAUGUGGAUCUCAGGAUGUACAGCCCUUGAAUUUUAUAAGUCACUCAACUUCCAUCAAACAAAUCAAGUAUAUAUUUCAAUAUUUAUUACCUGAUCUUAGUAAUAAAACUAUAUUAGAUAUAGGUUCCAGAACUGGUGGUGUGUUAUAUGGGGCCUUUCUAUACAGUAACAGUAGAAAAAUAACAGGUGUUGAGAUUGAUAGUUCAUUUUGUGAAUUACAGAGAACAAUUAUAGACAAAUAUAAUAUGAAUGAUAGAAUACAGGUUAUAGAAGAUGAUAUUUUUAAUCAAGGACAGUUGGCAAGUGAAAGUGAUAUCAUUGUAUUUCACAAUGUUUUUGAUUUUUUUCUGCCAAUAUCAGAUCAAGAAAGGAUGUGGAGAUUUGUUAGAAAUACAUUUAGAAGAAAAGGUACAAUAAUAAUAUCAAUACCAUCUUUGGAGGAUAUGGUCAGUCAUUUACAGACGGACAUAGAUUUAGAUACAUGGGUUACCUGUUUAAAUGAUCCAGAUCUUCUUAAUUUAGCUAAUAUUCAUCUUUAUGGUAGUGUUGACAAUGAAGAUUCAGAUUUAGCAGAUUUAUUUAUGUAUCAAGUAAUUGGAUAAAAAUUAUUUUUUCAA